UUUUUUUUUUUUGAUUGGAAAAUAUAAAAUUAUAUUUAUUUAAAUAUUUAUAUUUAAAAAGCAAGAAAAGUAAUAUAGAAUUAUAUUUUAUUUCUACUUUUUUGUUUCUAUUACAACACAACAAACAGAGUCACAAUAUAUAAUAGUAAUAUACAAUGACAUUUUCAAGAGAACCCCAACAAUUCACUCGGAAACAAUUGGAGAAGAUGAAUCAAGCUGUAAAGGAUGGUGAUAAAGAUGCAAGGAAAUGUAUUAUCAUUGAUAAUAAAUUAUAUGAUGUGACUGAAUUCAUUGAAGAUCAUCCUGGUGGUGAAGCCGUUUUAAUGACUCAUAUAGGAAAAGAUGCAUCAGAUGUCUUUCAUGCUAUGCAUCCAGAUACAGCUUAUGAAAUAUUAGCAAAUUAUUAUGCUGGUGACUUACUGCCUGAGGAGGUAGAGGAUGACAGAAAGUUGAAUAUAGAUGAAAAUAAUAAUUCUAUCAAGUUUGCCGCUGAAAUGCGUGAGUUACGUGAUAAGCUUAAAAAUGAAGGUUAUUUCCAUGCCAGUAAACUUUUCUAUGUUUACAAGGUUUUGUCUACUUUGGCUAUUUGUGGUGUUGGUUUAGGUCUUUUGUAUGCUUAUGGACGUACAUCUACAUUGGCUGUGGUAGCUUCUGGCUUUAUUAUUGGUAUAUUUUGGCAACAAUGUGGUUGGUUGGCACACGAUUUUGGUCAUCAUCAAUGUUUUGAAGAUCGUUCUAUGAAUGAUAUAUUACUUGUUUUUCUUGGUAACUUUUGUCAAGGCUUUUCAUUAUCAUGGUGGAAAAAUAAGCAUAAUACACAUCAUGCAAGUACAAAUGUUCAUGGUCAAGACCCUGAUAUUGAUACUGCGCCUGUUUUAUUAUGGGAUGAGUAUGCCUCUGCAGCUUAUUAUGGAUCAUUAGAUGAAGAACCUAAUAUGAUUUCACGUUUCCUUGCUCAAAGUGUUUUACCCUAUCAAACACGCUAUUAUUUCUUUGUUCUGGGUUUUGCUCGUAUUUCAUGGGCUCUUCAAUCUUUGCUUUAUUCGUUUAAUCAAGGUGCCAUUAAUAAGUCUGCUCAAAUGAAUUUAUAUGAACGUGGUUGUCUUAUUUGUCAUUGGAUUUUAUUUACUUAUUGUACAAUUGCAUGGAAUAGUAGUCUUUAUAAUAUGGUUCUUUUCUUUUUAAUUAGUCAAGCUACAACUGGUUAUACUUUGGCACUUGUAUUUGCAUUAAAUCAUAAUGGUAUGCCUAUCAUUACAGAAGAGAAAGCAGAAAAGAUGGAAUUUUUUGAAAUUCAAGUUGUAACUGGUCGUGAUGUAUCCAUGUCACCUUUAGGCGAUUGGUUUAUGGGUGGAUUAAAUUAUCAAAUUGAGCAUCAUGUUUUCCCUAAUAUGCCACGUCAUAACCUUCCUAAAGUAAAACCAAUGGUGAAGUCACUUUGUCAACAAUACAAUAUCCAUUAUCAUGAUACCAGCUUUUUCAAAGGAACAUUAGAGGUAUUAAAAGCUUUGGAUGUCACAUCAAAUCUUUCCUUACAACUAAGUAAGAAGGCUUUCUAAAGGAGGGGAGUUCGAGUCUUUAUUUAAUAUCCAUUCGUUUAUAACAACAACAAUAAUAAUAAUAAUAAUAAUAAUAAAAACAUAAGUUUUGGUUGAAGUCAUUAUUCAUGAAAUUAGCCACCAAC